UUGUGAAGAAAACCUAUAUUUGUCGGGUGGUAGUUUACAUAGCUUGGGUACCAGAGCGAUAAUAAUUAUGCUGUUUUGGAAAGAACGAUGGGAACUUCAGUAUACAUUCGUGUGAAUCUCAUUCCUCAUUAGAAAGAACGACUCGAAGACCCGGGCAUCGAAUGCAGAACCCGCCUAGCCCAUUCUCUUGGUUUUCUUACCUUUCUGUUUCUGUUUUUGAAUCCAAUGGAAGUUGUUGAGAGAGCGGAAAGAAACAUGUUGCGUCUCUGCACGCUGCAAUUCAUCAUAACUGUGCUUUUGAGAGUGGCAGACUGUCGAGGCAUCCUUGAAGGUUUACAGAGGUUUUCAACCACCACCACGUACCUCCCCGUAACCUACCAGGUGCUGAAUGCGGAGUCUGCCUUCUUCCUGAAGGAGGCCAACCAGGACAUCAUGAGAAACUCCAGCCUGCAGUCACGCACUGAGCCUUUCUUCAUAUACCAGGCCCGAAAGAUGCCUUCAGUGAACGCCAGCUACGGGCCCAUUUCUGUGGAGCAGCCUGUCAACCUGGAGCUCCUGCAGAGCCCCAAUGCCUUUGUGGCCUCCUCCAUGUUCACCUUCAACUGGAAGGUGCAGACCUUCAUCAUCAGCGACAGGAUCUACCUGAGCAAGCCCAAGGUGCAGGUGCUCUUCUACGUGGCGGGCAGGGACUGGGACGACUACAGCACCAUCGACAAGCUGCCCUGCGUUAAAAUGUUUGCCUUCCACGAGACCCAGGAGGUGCGAGGCACCUGUCGCCUCAAGGGGGAGCUGGGUCUGUGCGUGGCGGAGCUCGAACCCCUGGCCAGCUGGUUCAGCCCUCCCAGCGUGGUACCGGGUCGGCAAAGGACCCCGGGGUUGCCCGAGGGAACACCCGUGGAGCUCUAUUACAUGCUGCAAUCCUCCGAAAGUGGGGACUGCAGCGCGGAUGACUCCCGGAAGGGCAACUCCAUCCGCUCGGACCAGGACGGACUGUUUGGCUCCUCCACCUCCUCCCCCAUGAAGAGGAUCGGGAGCGUGCGGUUGUACCAGAGCUCCGCCUCCCUGCCCCUGAAGGAGGUGAGGCUGGAUAGUAACUUCAUGGUGCUGCUACCCUCCAGACCCAUCAGGCAAAGGGAUACUGUCACCGCCUUCCUCACCACGUCAAUGUUCUCCGCCGUGGAAAUGUUCACCCUCAGAGUGAAGUUAAAAGAAGGAGUGGCAUUCCUGGGUGCGAGACCCAGCAACCCGGCGCUGUGGACGGUCAGCCAAGACGCCAGGAGCGAGGGUCACAGGGUCGUCACCCUGCACUGCCGCCGGAAGGAGUCGAGCUACGGACAGAGGGCGGAGGGUGGGUUCCUGCGUGUUCUGCAAGUGGAUCUGGAGGUGGACAGCUUCCUGGGUCCCCUGGGCAGCAGGUCCAUAAGCUGGCAGGUGGAGUACCCGGGCACCCGCACCCUCACGGAGGAGGCCGAGACCGAAAUCCACUUGGCUCAGAAGGACCUGGGGGGCAUCGUGCCGCUGGCGAUGGACACAGAGAUCCUCAACACGGCAGUGCUGACCGGGAAGACUGUGGCCGUGCCGGUGAAGGUAGUGACGGUUGGGGCGGACAGUGCGGUGACAGACGUGUCCGAUUCCGUGGACUGCCGCUCGGUGGACGAAGACGUGGUCAAGGUGUCAGACAGGUGUGACUACGUCUAUGUGAACGGGAAGGAGAUGAGGGGGAAGGUGAGGAUGGCGGUGAACUUCACCUACAGCUACCUGAGCGCCCAGCUGGAGAUGACCGUGUGGAUCCCCCGCCUCCCCCUGCAGAUCGAGGUGUCCGACGCCGAGCUCAGCCAGAUCAAGGGCUGGAGGGUGCCCAUCGUCGCCAGCAGCCAGAGGUCCACGCGGGACAGCGAGGACGAGGAUGACGAGGACAGGAGGGGGCGGGGCUGCACGCUGCAGUACCAGAACGCCAUGGUGCGUGUGCUCACCCACUUCGUGGCCGACCCCGCCGACCCCCGCGGCCAGCUGGUCUUCAUGCUGGGCAGCGACUGGCAGGUGGACAUCACCGACCUGGUGUGGGACUUCCUGAAGGUGGAGGACCCACACAUCGCCCAGCUGCAGGACGGCCGGGUGCUGGUGGGGCAGGACGUGGGCAUGACCACCAUCCAGGUGCUGUCCCCGCUGUCAGACUCCAUCCUGGCCGAGAAGACGGUGACGGUGCUGGACGACAAAGUGACGAUCACGGAGCUGGGGGUGCAGCUGGUGUCUGGCCUCUCCCUCUCCCUGCAGCUCAGCCCAGGAAGCAACAGGGCCAUCGUCGCCACGGCUACCACGCAGGAAGUGCUGCAGAGUCCCAAACAGGAGGCUCUGAUCAGUGCUUGGCUUCAGUUCAGCGACGGCUCCAUGGCCCCGCUGGACCUUUACAACCCGGACUACUUCGUGCUGACAGCCACAUCCCUGGACGAGGAGGUGGUGACUGUGCAGCAGGACCCCGCUUGGAAGUGGCCGGUCAUCGUGACUGAGGCGGAAGGCCAGGGGAUGCUGGUCAGGGUGGAGAUGACUGUCUGCGAGCCCUGCCAGAAGUCCAAGCGGCGGAGCGUGCUCGCUGCGGGCAACGGCAACAUCCGAGUCAAGUUCGGGCAAAGCGACAGCUCGCCCAAGGCGGGCGGCAGCGACUACGGGCCGGAGGGGGAGGAGCUGGAGAACCACGCCAGCGACCGCAGGCAGCGGCCGCACCUGCAGGACCGGACGGGGCCGGACAACCACUACUACGGCAGCUCCAUCUCAGACAUGGAGGACGGGGUCAUGAGGAGGAUUACCACCACCACCAAGACGGCCAUCGUCAGGAGGCCCGGUGGGGACAAGCUCUCCGAUGACGGCAGCCAGAUCCAGAACAUCCCCAUUGACUUCUCGGACUUCCCGGCACAGGUGGACCUCCCACGGAGCCGCAACGUGGACGACGACCUGGUGCAGACCCCUCGUGGCCUGACAGACCUGGAGAUCGGCAUGUAUGCCCUGCUGGGCGUCUUCUGCCUCGCCAUCCUGGUCUUUCUCAUCAACUGCAUCUCCUACGCUCUCAAGUACCGCCACAAGGAGAUGUCGAUAGAGGGGCAGGAGGCCAUGAACCACGCCCACGACUGGGUAUGGCUGGGCAAUGAGGCAGAGCUUCUGGAGAGUCACGUGAGCCUCUCCCCGCAGCAGGAUGAGCACACCACCAUGAUGGACUCGAGCGUGGGCUUCGAGGAGGGCAGUCACCUGCUCAACGGGGGCCAGAAGAACGUCCAGGGCCAGGUGCACCGGUCGGCCGACGCCAGCUGCCCGGGCAAGGAUCACAAAAGCGAUUCGCCCACCACAAAGAGGAAGCGUGUGAAGUUCACCACGUUCACCACCAUUCCGCCCGACAACGGCUGCCCGUCCAUCAACCCCCUCAUCCUUGGGCACAGCGAGGACAUUAAGUGGGUCUGCCCGGACAUUGAACUCGGGGAUUCCAAAGAGCUCCGGAACUACAUGGAGAGAUUAAAUGACAAUGCUUUAAAGGACGUCGCAUAGUGUACUACUUGGCGGACCAAUGGAUAAGUCACCCUUAUGCCUUUCAGAGUGAGGAGGUGGGACCCAAACUGGUUAUGCUAAACCUAGAGUAGGUGGUACCUCAGCGUGACAACAAGAUAGAACUUUCAGUGUGACUUGUUGCCAUGGGAACUGCCAAAGGGCCAUUCAUCAUAUCUUAAACAAAAAAAAAAAAGAAAAAAAGAAUCAUGAUAAA